AUGUCCCUUUUCAGAAGCUUACAAAAUUCUCCAUCAACCGUUUCGAUUUUCCACAAUCAAGCUAUCCCGCUUUCCAACAAGUUGUAUGAUAUUUUGCAAAAGGCUUAUGAGACUCAACCAGAAAAAGCAAAGCAUGAAUUCCAAAUUGAUGUAAUGAAGGAUAAAAUGCCAACUUAUGACCAGUAUAAGUUGAUUACUAGCAAGUAUGUGAAGAAUGCCACUGACAAGUCGAUUUUACACGACUGCUUCCCCUUUUUGCAUGAUAAGAAUGUUGAAUUGUAUAAUAGUAAAGGUAAUCCAGUUACCAUUAAAGGUGCUGAAUGGAACAACAAGAUCUUCUCUCCAUCCGAGUACGCUAUGAUUUAUGAAACAUUCAAUAAAUUAGAGGAGUCCAAGUCGCCUUCUAUAAACACAAAAUCGGCAGACGUGUUCAGUGCUCCAUUGGUUGUUGAUUGGGAAAAUGAGUUGAUUGCUGGUGACGAAGACACCUUAAAUGCUAUUUUAGAUAAGUAUAAACAAAAUUAG